AAUUUGGCAGGAGGAGCGGGAUCACUGCGCCACAUUACAAGAGAAACGUGUCCCAGUUCAUGUUCAGCAGCCUCUUUACGCACACCCCGCUCUCAGUGAAGGCAGCAGCUCUUCAGAUCAGAUUUCACAUUCUGCUCCGACCAGCUGAGAGAGAGGCAGCCAGAGCAAGAGGGCUCGGAUCUCCGCUUUCCCCCCCAUACGCACCCCCGCGCCACAAGCAGCGAGGAACCACCGGGCGCAAAUAUUUUAAACACCACUGGGAUUUUUUUCCCCUUUCUUUUUUUCCUCCUUUUUAUGCAUUUUUGCAGGAUUUCAGCAGCGAGAGCUCCACUGAGAAUUAGAUAAGAGCGAGGAAGAGAUGGACGAGCAGACGCGGCUGAUGCACUCUCACUCCGGGGUAGGCAUGGCAGGGCACCCCGGCCUGCCGCAGCACAUGCAGGAAGGCACCGGAGGGUCGGACGGCGACGGGAGGAAACAGGACAUUGGAGACAUUUUACAGCAAAUUAUGACCAUCACGGACCAGAGCCUGGACGAAGCGCAAGCCAGGAAACACGCUCUGAACUGUCACAGAAUGAAGCCAGCUCUUUUCAAUGUCUUGUGUGAAAUCAAAGAGAAAACAGUGCUGAGUAUCCGAGGCGCCCAGGAGGAGGAGCCCCCGGACCCGCAGCUCAUGCGCCUGGACAACAUGCUCCUGGCGGAGGGCGUGGCCGGGCCGGAAAAAGGGGGGGGCUCGGCGGCGGCGGCGGCUGCAGCGGCGGCCUCAGGAGGGGGGUCGGGGCCCGAAAACUCAACUGAGCACUCCGACUACAGAACCAAGCUCACCCAGAUCAGACAGAUCUACCACACCGAGCUGGAGAAGUACGAACAGGCCUGUAACGAGUUCACCACCCACGUGAUGAACCUGUUGCGGGAGCAGUCGCGCACGCGGCCGAUUUCGCCCAAAGAGAUCGAGCGCAUGGUGAACAUCAUCCAUCGCAAGUUCAGCUCCAUCCAGAUGCAGCUGAAGCAGAGCACCUGCGAGGCCGUCAUGAUCCUGCGCUCACGCUUCCUCGACGCCAGACGGAAAAGACGAAACUUCAACAAGCAGGCGACAGAGAUCCUGAACGAGUAUUUCUACUCACACCUCAGUAACCCGUACCCCAGCGAGGAGGCUAAAGAGGAGCUGGGAAAGAAGUGCGCCAUCACAGUGGCCCAGGUUUCCAACUGGUUUGGGAAUAAACGAAUCAGAUACAAGAAAAACAUUGGUAAGUUCCAAGAAGAAGCCAACAUGUACGCUGCGAGAACUGCCGUGAAUGCGACUAAUGCAUCCUCACAUGGAAGCCAAGCAAAUUCACCCUCAACUCCAAACUCUGCAGGUUCUGCUGGCUCUUUUAACAUGUCAAACUCCGGGGACUUGUUCAUGAGCGUGCAGUCUCUCAAUGGGGACUCGUACCAGGGGGCUCAGGUGGGAGCCAACGUGCAGUCACAGGUGGAUACCCUUCGCCAUGUUAUCAGUCAGACAGGCGGAUACAGUGAAGGACUCACAGCCAACCAGAUGUACAGUCCGCAGGGCAUCAAUGCAAACGGCGGCUGGCAGGAUGCUCCGACCCCCUCAUCGGUGACUUCGCCCACAGAAGGACCCGGAAGCGUUCACUCUGACACCUCCAACUGAUCCUCCACCCCCCCACCCCUCCGUCCUUAACUUCCUCCUCCAAAUCUCCCAAAACUUAACCCCCCCCCCCCUCGGGGCUGGAGUACUGACUUUGGGGUCUGGGAUGACAUUAACGGACAAAUAUUUCACUUUUUUCCUAUCUGGACCGCCGUGUAGGAUGACUCAUACCCCCCCUCACAGUUUGUACAGUUUCCACUCGAUGUCCAUGUUGCCUCUUUGUAUUUCUGACAGUACACUCACACAGUAGGUGCACAGCUAGCAGAAAGCCCCCCCGUAUUGUAAAUUGAAACGCUCCCAUACUACCUCGAUUCGGAACAUCAGAAAACAACAGGCUUCGGUUUUACUCAAGUGGUAGCACUUUCUAUGACUUCCAUGUCUAUAAUGCAUUAUUAAUACACUUAUAAUGCAAUGUAACCUGCUUGUAAGCACUCUUUAAUAUUCAUAAUGAUUUAUAACAGCAAUAUUAACACAUUAUAAACCAUUUUAUGAAGACUUUUAAGGUCAAGUAUCAUAAUACUUCAUAUUUGCUGUUAAUUCACUGACAUGUAUUUGCAUAGAUCAUAGUGUAUUGUUUUUCCCAUUUGUUAUAAUGCAUAAUAAUUGUUUUAUAACGCAUUAUACUCUUUUUAUAAUGAAUUACAAUGUGAUUAUAGGUUACUGUGAUAGUUAUUGUUUGCUUUAAAAAAGUUUAAAAUAAUCUUACAUGUUUCGUAUGUUCUUUAGAUUUAAUGAUGUUUUUGUUCACAGUAUUGAAGGCAAACAAUGUUAGACUAACUUAUAAUCACAUUAUAAUGCAUUAUCAUAAGAUAUCCAUUUAAAAAGAAACUCUUAUUACAAUUAUUUGAAGAAAAAUACCUUAUGAUUCUUGCAAAAAUAAAAUGAUAGUGAUGUGAUACACAACUUAAUGAAAUGUUGUUCAUGUUAAUAUAGGAUUACAAAGCAAAUGUAUGAGUGCUAUUAACUAUAAUGAAAGAGUGCUGCAAGCAGAUUCUAUGUAGGUUUAUAAUGCAUUACGGACAUGCAUAGAGAGUGUUAUCACAAUUAUUUUUAUAAUUAUUGAAAUGUUACUGUACACACACCAUGCCCUGUCUUUAAUACUGUGUUCACACUUUUUGUUUCAUCUAUAGUGCCAAAGUUCAACCCUGGAGGUGAAUUUUGAUCAUGUUUUUCAGGUCAUCAUUUGUGAAGUAUUAUAAUGUCCUGUCAUAAUAAUCAGGUAAUAUCCCAGGCUUGAUUUGUAUAGUUUGUAUUCAGAACAAUAAUGAACAACAGAUUCCAUUUUUUUUGCAACAAAUAGAUUCUGUCAUGCUUGUUGGCGGCAUCCACAAUAUUUAUAGAAGAAUUGACCUGAAACACUAAAUGAAUGACAACGUUAGAAGCCAUUUGGGCGUGUCAAAAAGUAUCAAAGCACAAGAACAUGUAAUGAUUAAGCUCAAAAGGUAAAUGUGUCAAAGAAAACAAUGUUAGAAUGUAAGUAUAGGAGUCAUGUAUGGAAGACAAAGAGUGCACGUUCAUGAUCAGACAGUCGGUGUGUAUUAGUGAGGUCAAUAUAGCCAAAUACUGCUGGUAACCAAAUCCACAACAACAACUGUAAUUCAGAUUUGAAGGUUCCAUGUUUGCAUGACUUUUACUCUGAAUUCACUUUUCAUUCAUGGAAUUAUAUUUGUUUAAAAAUCCUGAUAGCAGGUUCGGAAAUGUUGAGCAGAUUUAAGAUUAAAUUAAAUUAUUCUUUACACCAUAAGAAGAAUGUAUUUUCUUUGCAAAGAAAAUUGUACUCAAAAUGUCCCAUUGCUCAGUAUUUUUGCACAAAUGUACCUCCAUACACAGUCAGUUAUUAACCCGUAACCCCUGUUUUCUAAUUUUAUUAUUAUUUGAAUAACUUUAUAUUUUCCAAAUACUUUUAGAUUUUCUUUUUAAAUGACACUAAAAACAACAUAUUGACACAAACCAAUCCAAAAUGUGAAACUAAAUUUGUGAUUUGUUUUCUUGUAUGUACAGUAUUGUAUGUGGUCUAACAUGUAUACAUGAUUUCAAUAGCAUACUUUGAUACCAAAAAAAGGCAGAAUUUUUAUCCUCUCCAUUGGGAUCAGCUUUAUUGACAUUUCUUUUUUUCUUCUUUUUCGUAGGAUUUGUAUUAUCUACGGUACUAGUGAGCAUCUCAUAAUGCUCUCUGUAUUCAAAACCAAAAAAAGCAGUUGGAAUACAGCAGUGUUUAUAUAAAUUAAAACGGAAAUACCCUGAUGGCACACAAAUCCAGAUACUGUUUGGAUAUAUUUUUAUGUCUCCAUUUUGUGAAUAACAAUUUUUUUUCAUUUGAUAUUACUUUGCUUUGCUACAGGUCUUUUUUAUGCUACCAUUAUAUGUGAAUUAGCCCAAGAAUGCUCUAUAUACAGUAUGUAGAUAUGCACCUUUACUCUUUUUUCUUUUGCAUCUCUGAAUUUGGACUGUAGUUAUUUGAAUGCAGCCUGGUGGAUUGAAGGUGAAACCCUUUAAUGGCCGCUGUCAGAAGGAAGGUGACGUGAAAAGUUAGCGUUACGUUAGCAUCGGAGUCUUUGUUUUUAGCUCAUCUGAACCCUUACAGAAAACUCAAAUUAAAUCCCGACAUCACAAAUACAGCGUGAGAACCACAUGAUUUUAUUUUUUAAGUUGUCAGUGUGUUUGUAUUUAUUACACAUGUAUGAAAUCAUGGAUGUUUCGGAGCUGCUGUGUGGACGUCAAACACGGCAUGAUGACACCAAACACUCAUUUGGAUCAACCCCCCCCACCUCUUCGAGUCAUUGAAGUGAACUGACAGCAGCGGCCAUGCAAGGAAAGCAAGGAGUGUUUUUGCAGCCCCCCCCCC